UUAAAUCCAGCAAAAUGCCGUCAGACAGUGAUGGCGAUGCCCACGAAAGGCUGGACAGAAAAAAACGUAAAGUUCAAAAGUCUGCUGAGGACGAUAGUGUAAAAUACAAACCCUAUAUAAAGGCAGGUUAUAGCAGAGCCUACACGGAUAAUAGCACUAACGCGGAAUUCCCAGUGUUUGUGGAAAGCAGUGAGCCGGAAAUUAAAUUGGGGAACAAAAACCCAUUAGUUGUGUCCAAAUACUUUAAACAAGUAAAAGGUAUCUAUGAGAGCAGGCGCAUUAAUGCUAACAAAAUAAUGUUAGUAUUCAAACAAGCGACAGCAGCCAAUGAUUUUCUCAAACAUGAAUGCCUAACAGUUUACAAUCUUCGUGCCUUCAUUCCGGCAUCUUCUGUGGAGAGGGUGGGGGUUGUCAGGUUUAUUCCUAAAGAGUCCAGUAACCAUGAACUAUUUAAUAAACUUUCUUCAGAGUGUGAGAUUAUUGGUGUAAGACGAUUCAUGAAAAAGGUUGUAGACGAUGUUGUUCCUUUGUCAACUAUUAGUGUAAUUUUUGCAGGAACAACUUUACCACAAUAUAUAUAUUUAGACAAUUGGCGUUAUAAGGUCUAUACAUAUAUUCCUCCGCUAAUGCAAUGUUUCAAGUGUAUGAGAUUUAAUCACUAUGGGAAAAUAUGCAAAAAUAUACAGGUCUGUUCACGCUGUGCUGGUGAACACCACUACAAAGCAUGCACGGCUGAUACAUUGAAGUGCAGUAAUUGUGGUGGAGCUCAUUUAGCCAUAUCCAAAACUUGCCCUAUAAAGGCAGCGAGAUUAGAAAAAAAUAAACAAUCUUAUGCUAAGGUAAUUGAAAUUAAUAGUGUUAAUUUUCCUACUCUCCCGAAGCCUCAACAAAUACAGCAAAAAUUCCACCAAUCUAAACUAGACACACAAGAAAAUUUAGAUAUUUCUUAUUCAAAUAUCAUUAAUAAUAAAAAAAUAUUAUCAGCAAUAAUUAAUACAUUAGUUACUAUAGGAAACUCAAAUGACAUUAAAAGCACAAGUAAAAUUAAAGAAGCAUUUUUGAAACAUUUGAAUAAAGUUUAAUGGCUUCAAAGCUCAUUAUUGUUCAACAUAACAUUCAGAGUAUUAAUAAUAAAAAACCCUUAGUAAAAACAUUUUUAACACAGGAAAAUAUUGAUAUUUUAUUAUUAAAUGAAACCUGGCUUAAAAACUCUAGUAAUCUUGUAAAAAUCCCAGGCUAUAACUUUGUUGGAAAAAAUGCAAAGAAUGAACAUGGUGGCGUAGGUAUUUUAUUAAGAAAUACAUUUAAAUAUAAACUUUUGAAAACAAAAUUUUAUGAAGAUGUUCAAUCCAUAGCAAUUUCUUUAGAAACCAAUGUUGGUGACUUAUCAAUACUUUGUGUUUAUUGUCCACCUAAAAAUAAAAAUAAAUGUAAAAUCAAUAGACUUAAAAGUAUCAUCAGUGAUAUACCAAAGCCCUGUUUAGUAGCAGGAGACUUUAAUGCACAUCAUAUUUCUUUUGGUUGCCAUAGUACAAAUUCAAGGGGUAGAAGCCUAUUUGAUAUUUUUGAUGAACAGGAUCUGUGCAUAUUAAAUUCUGGUAGGUCUACUACACUUCAGAGACCAUAUGCAAAUAGUUCUGCUAUUGACAUAACUGGAGUGAGCCCAGUGCUCGCUCCGUUAUGUGAAUGGACAGUAGGUGUAGACACUUUGGGUAGUUACCACUAUCCCACAUUCACAAAAAUUAACUUAAUUCCAUCUAAAUAUUCUGUCAAUGAUAAAGUAGAGAAAUUUUUAUAUAAUAAAGCAGAUUGGGAUAAAUAUUUUAAGAAAUCCA